AUGCCGCUAACAUCAUCAAAAACGUCAGUCGAUCCUAAUAUCGAAGAAACAAUAGAUAUUGAAAAAUUUGUACAAGAUAUAAACAUAACAGAUUUCGUAAAAACUAUUAAAGAUAAAUAUACAUCAUUUUGGAAACAUCAAAUUGAAAACUCUUCAAAACUCUCAUUUUAUUCCACAUUUAAGAAAGAUUGUAACUUAGAAGAAUACUUAAAUAACAUCAAAGAUCCGAACCAAAGAAGAAUGUUCUCAAAAUUCAGUGUAAAUAACCACAAACUAGAAAUUGAGUUCGGUCGCUAUAAAAACGUACCUAGAGAAGAGAGAUUUUGUAAAUACUGCGACAAACGUACAGUUGAAGACGAAUUUCACUUUGCAUUCGAAUGUAAUAAAUACUAG